CAAUUACCAAAAAACCAGAUCCAUGUUGAAAAUAUUUAUUUUAUGUAACCAUUUCCAAAAUUGCAAUAAAAUUUAUUCAUCUCCUCUUUUGGAUCUUUCACUUUCUUUCUUUUUCCUGUAAAAAUGGAGGGUUCCUCCUCUGAGAAGCUGAUCAUUGUGACCCGUGAACCUGAUGGGAUCGCUACUGUUACCAUCAAUCGACCCAAAUCUCUCAACUCCUUGACCCGGCCCAUGAUGGUGGACUUGGCCAAGGCUUUCAAGGCUCUUGCGAAGGACAACUCGGUGCGGGUCAUCAUCUUGUCUGGAGCUGGACGGGCUUUCUGUUCAGGCGUGGAUUUGACGGCUGCACAAGAUGUUUUCAAGGGUGACGUUAAGGACCCGGAGACGGAUCCGGUUGUUCAGAUGGAGCAAUGCCCCAAACCAAUCAUCGGAGCUAUCAACGGCCUUGCUAUUACUGCCGGCUUCGAGAUCGCCCUCGCUUGUGAUAUGCUGGUCGCUGCUAAGGGAGCCGCUUUCGUUGAUACUCACGCCAGAUUUGGUAUAUUUCCUUCAUGGGGUUUAUCCCAGAAGCUUGCACGCUUUAUAGGACCAAACAAGGCUCGCGAAGUGUCGUUGGCAGCCAUGCCUUUGUCAGCAGAGGAAGCUGAGAAAUUGGGGUUUGUCAAUUAUGUUGUUGACCAAAAUGAAGUGCUGAAUAAAGCUCGACAACUUGCAGGAGCAAUUAUGAAGAACAGUCAAGACUUGGUUCUCAGGUACAAGUCUGUGAUCAAUGAUGGGUACAAAUUGGAUCUUCGUCAGGGUCUCGCCAUGGAAAAGGAGAGGGGUCAUAAAUACUACGAUGGAAUGACACCGGAGCAGUUUAAGAAGAUGCAAGAGUUCAUAGCUAGGCGGGGUUCCAAGAAACCAUCUUCCAAGUUGUAAUAUGAUCUCUUCCAUGCAUCUUCUGACUUGUUGUUUAGUCACUGUUUUAUAAUGAAAACAUAAUGUGGGGAAAUAAAUUUGUGGUUACUGGACUCUUACUAAUACAUAAGUAUCAGUUCUGUAUAAUGAGUUAUAUGGUUUUUAACAUGAUAAAA